GCAGUUACUGAGAACUCACAAGACGAAGCUAAAAUCCAUCUUCGGAUCCACAGUCAACCGCCCUGAACACAUCCUGCAAAAAGCCCAGAGAAAGGAGCGCCAUGGAUUACUACAGAAAAUAUGCAGCUGCCUUUCUGGUCAUAUUGUCGGUGUUUCUGCAUGUUCUCCAUUCUGCUCCUGAUGUGCAGGAUUGCCCAGAAUGCACACUACAGGAAAACCCAUUCUUCUCCCAGCCGGGUGCCCCAAUACUUCAGUGCAUGGGCUGCUGCUUCUCUAGAGCAUAUCCCACUCCACUAAGGUCCAAGAAGACGAUGUUGGUCCAGAAAAACGUCACCUCAGAGUCCACUUGCUGUGUAGCUAAAUCAUAUAACAGGGUCACAGUAAUGGGGAAUUUCAAAGUGGAGAACCACACGGCGUGCCACUGCAGUACUUGUUAUUUUCACAAAUCUUAAAUGUUUUACUAAGUGCUGUCUUGAUGACUGCUGACUUUCUGGAAUGGAAAAUUAAGUUGUUUAGUGUUUAUGGCUUUGUGAGAUAAAACUCUCCUUUUCCUUACCAUACCACUUUGACACGCUUCAAGGAUAUACUGCAGCUUUAUUGCCUUCCUCCUUAUCCUAUAGUACAAUCAGCAGUCUAGUUCUUUUCAUUUGGAAUUAAUACAGCAUUUAGCUUGUUCCACUGCAAAUAAAGCCUUUUAAAUCAUCAUUCAA